AAAAAGACACUGAUGAAAUAAUAAAAAUAACUUAAUUGAAGAAUUUAAGUGAGUUAUGAGUGAUUCCAAAAGAAAAUGGUGAAUGAAGACCCCAUUACUGUACCACCCUCUCCUCUCCCUUCAACGUAGCAACUUUAUUUGGACAACCUCAAAAGCCUUUCAUCAAACAAUUCAGCUACAAAUGGAGAACACCUGGAUCCUCACUUUUCACCUUCUUCUUCUCCUCCUGCUCCAUUCAAAUGCAGCAAAAGGGGCCAUUAAUGUGGCUGUCGGUGUUGGUGGAAGAGGUGGCAUAGGUGUUGGCAUUGGUAUUGGCAAUGGGGGUAGUGGUGGUAACACCGCAGGACCCUCUGGAUCCUCAGUGUCAAACCUCAACAAUGCUUUCACGGCCCUCCAAGCUUGGAAAUCUGCCAUAACUGAUGACCCUUUGAAGAUUUUGGACACUUGGGUUGGUCCCAAUGUGUGUUCCUACAAAGGUAUCUUCUGCUCGAAUUCUCAGGACGAGAAUGGAAUUGCCACAACAGCAUCUACCGAGUCUUCUGUUGUUGCUGGAAUAGAUCUCAACCAUGCAAAUCUCCAAGGGACUCUUGUCAAAGAACUAUCUUUGCUAUCAGAUAUCACUCUUUUCCAUCUCAACACCAACAGGCUUUCUGGCUCAGUUCCUGAGUCUUUCAGAGACCUCACUUCCCUACAAGAGUUGGACCUCAGCAACAACCAACUCUCAGGACCUUUUCCCACUGCCAUUCUGUCCAUGCCAAGCCUCGUCUACUUGGACCUCAGAUACAACGACUUCUCAGGGCAACUUCCCGAUGAACUCUUCAACAAGAAACUCGAUGCAAUAUUCCUCAACAACAACAAUUUUGGGGGUGAAAUUCCAGAGAAUCUGGGAAAUUCACCUGCCUCGGUGAUCAACUUGGCCAACAACAAGUUGAGCGGAAGCAUCCCUUUUAGCUUUGGCUUCAUGAGUUCAAGACUGAAGGAGAUUCUCUUCCUUAACAACCAGUUAACAGGUUGCAUUCCUCAGGGAGUAGGGAUCUUCACCGAGAUGCAAGUGUUGGAUGUGAGUUUCAACUCUCUGAUGGGCCAUUUGCCUGACACAAUGAGUUGCUUGCAGGAUAUAGAGGUUCUCAAUUUGGCAAAUAACAAGCUCUCAGGGGAAUUAUCUGAUGUGGUGUGCUCCUUGAGAAGCCUGUUGAAUCUAACUGUUGCUCACAAUUUCUUCUCUGGGCUGAGCCAGGAAUGUUCAAGGCUAUUCAAUGUGGGGUUUGAUUUCUCGGAUAACUGUAUACCUGGAAGGAAUAUGCAAAGACCACAACCAGAGUGUUCUGGGAUCCCUGGAGGUAGUCUCAAUUGUCUUAGAAUCCCUGCUCCAAAGCCUCUUGUUUGUGCAACUCUGGCUGCAACUUUGUCCAACCAAGCAAACUCAUCUUCCUCUUCUCCCUGAUACAGUAUACGUGUUAGUAUCUUAUUAUUAUACUUGGCCCGCACGGAUAAGAUUCACCUUGAUUUUGUGGGCAACCAGCAAUGAGAAAGAUCGAUGUGUUAACAAACAAGAUAAUUUAUAUGUCACGUGGCAUGGUUCCUUGAUUUGUACAACCAUCACGGGUUUUUAAGAUUGUGUAUUCAGUAUUCUGCUACGUUUUUUCUCCUCAUAAAUAUCACGAACCUCCUGUUUCAUUGCUUGUUUUCUGACUACUGAAUCUUCACACCACAGUCAUGCUAUAGACUACUUAACCAGAUUCACAAGUCACCUACAUCAUGCAAGCUACAUUCUUUUGUUCCAGUUGUUCUCUCUAGCUAUUGAUGUAUCGUUAUUAUACA